AUGCUGGAAAGAGAAUACUUUAUGUGGAGACUGGAUGACCGGCCAGAGUUUGGGUCAAGUGUUGGAUAUCACAAAAACAGUGACAGACUGGAACAGUUUGAUUUGAAACUGAUGACCUCCAGAAUGGAAAAGGCACAGUCCUACCUAGAAUUACUUCAAGAAAUUGAUGUAACAAAGUUAUCCAAGGCAGACAAGAUUGACUACACUAUCAUUGAAGACAUGCUCAAGACCUAUGUCGAAGGUUAUGAGUGGAGACACUGGAACAACUUGAGUCCACUGAAUUGGCUGGAAGGAAAUACAAGAAAUCCUUUCUAUUUUGUUGAUUCCACUCCAUUUGACAAUCGUGGAGAUUUUGAAAAUUACAUCGCUAGACUUCAUGAAAUGCCGCGACUGUUUGAGCAGUACAAGACAUUUAUGAAUGAAGCCAUUCGCCUAGGGAGAACAGUACAUAAAGCAGCUAUUGACCGAGUUCCAAAUCAAAUAAACCAGAUUCUAUCAACACCAGAGGAAGAAUCCAUUUAUUUCCGUCCAUUUUUGGAAUACUUGAAUCUUCUGAAUGGAACCAUACCCACUAUGGAAUAUUUUGCUAGCGAAUCUGAUGUCGUAAUUAUAUUUCACUGUCAAACUUCUGAUCUACAGGUAUAUAUGAAUCACACACGCCCUCUCUGGGGUGUUGGGUCUCUUGAAGGAGGAAAGGAGUUCUACAAGGCUUGUGUUAACUGGUACCUGUCCUUAAACAUGACACCAGAAGACAUACAUGAACUAGGGCUGAAAGAAGUGGAAAGGCUGUCACAGAGAAUGCAUGAAAUUCGGGAGAAGCAGGGCUAUGGGGGCUACAGCAUCAGAGAAUACUUUGCAGAGCUGAUGAAAAAAGAUGACAUGUUUUUAGAGAAUCAGCAAGACAUCUUGGCUGAGUAUGAAAACAUCAUUUUUAAUCGCAUCAAUCCAAUUUUGAACAAACUCUUCAAAGAUCAACCAGGUCUUCCUAUCAAAGUCGAGUCAAUGCACUCAGAUGGUCCAAGAGGUCAGUACUUUCCUGGCACAUCAGACGGUAUGAGGCCUGGUACGUUUUCUGCCAACACAUUUAGAAAAGUUCCAAAGUACAUAAUGGUGUCUUUGACAAUGCAUGAAGCCAACCCAGGCCAUCACCUGCAGAUCAGUUAUGAACUGACCGCAGCUGUGCCUGAAUUUCGAAAAAAUAAGGAGCACAGUGAAAAGUUCAGGGUGCCCUUUGCUAUCCCAACUUAUACAGCCUUUGUGGAGGGUUGGGCUCUGUAUGCAGAAUCACUGGGAGUUGAAAACAAUCUUUAUGAAACUGAUUAUGAACUAAUGGGAUACUAUGAGUCCGAGAUCUUCAGGGCAGCCAGGCUGGUUGUUGACACGGGUCUCCAUUAUUUUAGCUGGACAAGAGAGAAAGCAAUAAAUUACUUCCUGGACCACACAUCGGAGAGUCUUGAUGGUAUCGAACUAGAAGUUGACAGAUACAUUACCUGGCCUGGCCAUGCUGUGGCUUAUAAAGUUGGAGAGCUGAUGAUCAGGGAGCUUAGAAAGUAUGCAGAGAAGGAGCUCGGUCAGUUCUUUGAUGUACGAGACUUCCAUAUGGUUGUACUAAGAAAUGGAGCUGUACCACUGAGUGUUCUCACCUCUCAAGUCAGAGACUGGGUGAAGAACCACAGGAAAGAACAUGAAAAUGAUAGUGAUGACUGUGAUGAGUGUUCUACUACUCCUGACCCCACAAAGAGGUCUAGAUGUCAAAGGUCACCAAAGGAGAAUGAACCUCACAGCAGUGGAAGUGGUGUGACAUAUUCACAAGCUUUUGUUAUAUUGCUUUUUAUAAGGUUGACUUGUAUAUUAUCCAAGUACUAA